AUGAAAGCUGGCACAAGAGAUAUUUUAAUUCGCUUCACUUUAGUUGCGUUGUUUCUAUUAAUUGGCGCUGCAGUUUUUCAAGUCCUUGAAAGUACAACAGAUCCACGCGAACUUGAACUGGCGGAAGACGCCGACAAAGCAACUCUGGAGAAAAUGCGAACAAACUUAAGCGUGAAUAUGUCGAAGGAAGAAUUUGACGAUCUAGUGAACAAGCUUCAUAAAUUUCAAGAAGAUCAUCACCAAAGAGCGUCAAGCUAUGAGUGGACGUUUUAUGCUUCACUUUAUUUCUCGUCGAGUGUUAUAACCACAAUCGGUAAGGGUCUAAUGGUUAAGUUAUCAGUUUUCAGUUACAAGGAUAGCUCAACAUCCAUAUAAUUUCUAUGAAGUGCUAUCGAAGGCUCCCAUGUUUAUCCACUACUCUGUAAAAACGUCCUGUCUACACCGUUGUUUACAACUCGGAAGAAAGAAGAACAGACUGACCCAUCCUCUUCACAACUGACUGCGGAGGCGUACCAGUUCGAAAUCGCAUAGCUCACUUUCAGAGCAAAUAUUAUUGAUUUUAGACGCUGUGUUAGAAAUUGUCACCUUAUUCGUCUCGUAGUCUUCCUAAGUUUUUGCCUCCAAACUCGUAAUCUUUUCAGGCUGCACGAAUAUAAUAUAUAUAUAUGUGUUGCCUUGAUCAUGUAAGUUUUCCAUUCAGUUUAUUGACGACUGGAUUUUAUUGGGAGAGAUUUGGGGAUGCUUGAAAGACAGUUACAGUCUUGAAUUCAUCGUCAAAACGUUCAAACAUUGAUAUUUGAGCUAUAAGCUACAAUUUAAAAAUGGUUCAACUUUAGGCUUCACUUCCCCUUUAAUACAUAUCUUUUGUAACAGUAAAUUGUUCAAUCACUCAUGCACUUUCAUGAUCGAUCGGCCUCUCGACAGACAACCAGGAAGCAAAUUUGUCCGUCAGCUUGAAAGUUGGUCCGUUGGUCAGCUAGCCAAUCAGAUCGUAAGCCAGUCAAAGUCAAUCAUCUAGGAACCAGGGAGGGGGAAAGCCAUGAUCCCGGUUCAUCGUCAGUCAGUUUGAUACCUAACUAGUCACACCACUCAGUCAGCUAAUACCCCCAUGCCUAUUUCUUUGAUGCACUGACGCUCAAUUCUCUGAUUUCAGGCUAUGGCCACAUGGCUCCUGCCACAUUUGGCGGCCGGUUAUUUUGUGUUUUUUACGCGCUAUUUGGUAUACCUCUCUGUAUGUUGGCGUUGAAAUCAAUAGGAGAGAGAAUCAACGAAUUGAUCGAAAACGGUUUUAUUUUGAUCAGUUCAAAGUACCAGCUCCAACAAGACAAAGGCAUUAAGAUUAAGGUGCUAUUAAGCACUGCUGCCCUGGUCCUAGUCCUUCUCAUGCUCGGUGGACUGCUGUAUUUGUCAGAAGGCUGGAGCUACUUUGACGGAGUUUACUACUGCUUUAUAGGUAUGGCUUACGUAAGUUAUUAUAGGCAAGACAAUGAACUAAUAGCAAGCGUAUUUGGAACACAAAGGUACUUAGGAACAUACCAUGAUAAGCUGAUGAUUAAAAUGUCCAUGAUCUUCAGGCGGAUGAAUUCCUUAGCUCAUUCAAUCAUCAAUUCAUUUGUUCAUUAAUUCAGUCAUUCAAAAGCUCACAAUGUCCAUAUUAUGAACGAAUGACUUGUUGAAAGCAGAGAAAUAUUAUCGUUCGUAAACCAUUCAACUGAUAAAAAUGUUAAGGUUUAUUCUUUGUAAAUUUAUAAACUAAAUAAGUCAUUAGAUCAUGUUUUCUUUUAUCAGCUUUAAGCACUAUUGGGUUUGGGGAUAUGGUACCUAGAAAAGGCCAGGAGCCUUCAUCUGGGAUCCAAACGCUGGAACUUGUCGUCCGGGGUUUCUACAUUGUAUUCGGCCUCGCCCUUGUGUCGAGUCUACUCUCUGCAGUUGUAGCGGCAGCUGAAGUAUUGAACAGAUGGAACGGCUUCAAAAGGACAAAAGGUGUGUAUAAGGAUUCACUAAAAAUUUUUACAGCAAAGUUCAGGUGGAAACCGUUUUAUUGUGACUCGUUUUUUCUUUCCUCUUCUCUUAACCAGGUCUUUGCUGUCACAGAAGGACGGGUGCAAAUAUCACAGAGGAACUGGUUCCAGUAUCUGAUGGCUUGUACACAGUCUCUCGCAACCUGGAUAAUAUUGUGUUUCCAUCAGUCAUUCCUUUCAGACGAUUUGCUUCACAUCAGUCAACACCGCUGAUAAAUGAUCCACGCUGGCUUUACUGA